AUGGGGAACUCAGCUGCUGCGCAGAAGCAGCGGCGCGCCAACAUGCCUGACGCGGUCGAUGUAGUGACCGGCGCGCUGGAUGCCGCCGCACAGGCGGCGGACUCGCUCGGCGCCCUCGCAGCGCCGCUCACGUGCGGCCUGAGACUCGUCAAGAGCAUCAUCGACACCUGCGCAGCCGUUCAAGAGCACAACGACGCAGUUGCAAGGCUGCGUGUGGCCCUCCCGGGCGUCGCGGCUAUCCUUGAUGACCUCGCGCGGCGAGGGGAGAGCGUUGCGACCAACGAGGCGCUGGCCGCAGCCCUCGAGGCUCUGAAUCGCGCAUUGAGCCUUUGCUUCAGCCGCGUGGAGAAGUGGCAGCGCAAGGGCAAGCUCAUGAAGGGGCUGCAAGUCAAGAAGUGGUCGAUGAAGCUCGCGACCGCCACCGGCGACAUCUCCCUAUCGCUGCAGCAGAUCGCGGCGUGCGGCGUGGCCCUGACUCAGGACGCGCUCGCCGAGAUCGUCCACGUGCGGCGGGACGUGCUGUGCGUCGUGGACGGGGUCGACGAGCUGCUCAGUGCCGCCGAGGAGAACAAGCAAGUGCAGGAGCUGAUCCUGCAGAAGCUGGCGGUGAUCGAGUCGACUGCGGGCGGCGUCAGCAGCGAGCAGGUCGCAGCGCUGACCGCCGAGCUGCGCGCCUGCAAGGGCAUGCGGACCCAGGACGUGGAGGCGCUGUUUGAGCGCCACGUGCGCCAGGCGGUGGCGGUGCGCGACGGCCAGCACGCGAGGCAGAUAGACAGGCUCCACGACAAGAUCGCGGAGCUGUGCGAGGGCGUCGGGGCCGGUCGUGUGCGGCCGGAGGAGCUCGAGGGCGCGAUCGAGAGGAUUGUGGCCGGGAAGCUCGAGCCGAUGCUGCAGAGGCUGUUGCAGCAGAACACUGCCGACAUGAGGGACUCGGCGAUGGAGGCAGCGAUGAAGGUUGUCGGGCGCGUGCAGGAGGACGUGGACAAGCAGAUGGCGAAGCUGCGGGCGAAGGGCAGCGCGGGGAGUAAGAAGCAGAUCGAGGAGGUUGCUGCGGCGACCCAAGGUGCAGUGCGCAACCAAAAGCGGCGCCUCGAGGUGCGCGCGGGCGCCAUGGUGAUCCCUCCGUCCGAGGUGAAGCUCGGCCCGAUCCUGUCGAGGACGGGCGGCUUCGCUGACGUGUACCACGGCGAGUGGACGCCCGCGGACUGCGUGGCCAUCCCCGUCGCGGUCAAGGUGCUGGAGACACGCGACAUUGCGGACAGAGAGAAGCAGGCGUGCCUGCGCGAGGCGGAGGUGCUGUUCCGCGCGCUGUCGUACAGCGACCGCGUGUGCCGCCUGUUUGGGUACGUCGACGACGUCGCCGGCGGUCGCGUGAUGCUGGUGAUGCGCAAGUACACGGGGUCGGCUCAGUCGAUGAUCGCGCGAGCGAACGGACCGCUGGCCCCGCACGAGUGGGCGCGGAUCCUGGCGGACGUCACGCAGGCGCUCGUCGACCUGCACGCGGCUGGGAUGGCGCACAUGGACAUCAAGCCCGCGAACGUCCUCGUCGAGGUGACGGGCCGCGCCGUGCUGGCGGACUUCGGGCUCGCGAGGCUCGUGCAGUCGUCGCUGCCGUCGCUGCCGACGGUGCUGGCAAACGCCCGCACGCCGUACUACGCCGCGCCGGAGCAGCAGUCCUACCGCCUGAAAGCCGCGCGGGGGCCGCCGUCCGACAUCUGGUCUUUCGCGGCGACGGCGAUACACAUGGCGACGGGGCGGCCGCCGUUCGCCAACGAGACGCACGAGGACAUCAAGGAAAUGGUCCUUGACGGGGAGAAGCCAGCGAUCCCCCCCGGGGUGUUUUGCACGGAGCUGGAGUCGUGCUUGCGCGCAUGCUUUUCCAAGGCGGUCGGCGAGCGGCCCGUCGCGGCGAGCGUUCGGGGCGCCGUGGAGGCGCAGCUGCAGGCGCUGGGCACGUGCGACGACGAAGAGGAGGACGCGGACGCAGACGAGGACUUUGCAGCGCAGCUGAUCGACGCUCUGAAUGCGGCCGGUGUCAUUGGCGGGGUGGAGGCGGCGCAGCUGGCGGCCCGGAAGUUUGGGCUUGACGGGUGGGAGGCAGCGGCGCGGCUGACGGUGAAGAACUGGCGCGCGAUGGGUCUGCCGGAGAAGCAUGCACGUGUGGCGAUGGACGUGGUGCGGAGGCAUGCGGGGGCAGGUGGCAAGGAGACGAUGACGGGGGAGGUUGAUGAGACGACAGUGCGCGGGCAUGAUGCGGCGACACGUUCGACCUCUGCCGGGGCCAAGUCCGAGCAGCAGAUGGCAACUCGACGUACGGGCCUCAACAAGCUGCUCUGA